UCCUAAGCGAGAGCGCGUGCUGUCAGAGAGAGUGUGUACAGCUGCGGAGCUGCUGGAGGUGAGCGGUAGGUUGGCAUCAAACCUCACGCCUCAUGCAGUAGUCCUGUAGUCGUUCAGCAUCAUGGCCACGGACGCCAGUCACAUGUUGGAGGCAGCCUUGGAGCAAAUGGACGACAUUAUUGCAGGCUCUAAGGCUGUGGUGGAGUUCAGUAAUGGCCUGUAUGAUAUUGGCUCUCCGGUCAGCGCUGGUCCUCUGCAGGUGCUGCAGUUGGCCGAGGAGCUCCGCGUGGCUCUGGAGCUGCAGGCUGGAGACGAGGGCCGGGGGACACUGCGCUCCCAGCUGCCCUGUUCCACCGCACAGACCCUGCUGGACUGGCUGGAGAAAGGAACGGUUAACCUCCAGUCCCCUCCGAACAAUGAGACGUACCAGGAGCGGUUGGAGAGAUUAGAGGGGGAUAAAGAGUCUCUGGUUCUGCAGGUGAGUGUUCUGACGGAGCAGGUGGAGGCACAGGGAGAGAAGAUCAGAGAUCUGGAGGUCUCUCUGGAGGAGCACCACCACAAACUCGUCUCCACUGAGGAAAUGCUCCAACAGGAGCUCCUGAGCCGCACCUCACUGGAGACGCAAAAGCUGGAUUUGAUGGAUGAAGUUUCGUAUCUGAAGCUGAAGCUGGUCAGUAUGGAGGAGGAACACGGACACAUGGAUGGAGAUGAUAAGCAGCACAAAGCGGAGUGUGUGGUUAACGUUAUUAGCGAGCUCCAGGAGCAGAUGCGUAAGUUCCAGCAGGAGAUCACCACUCGUAUCCAGGAGCAGCGAGCCCUGGAGGCUCAGGGAGCCGAGGCGUGUCGGCAGGAGCGCGACCGCAGCCCCGACGUGGGCUUGGGCUCGUCGGACGUCGAGGACUGCAGCUGCCGCUGUAGAGCCGGGGGAGAGAACCAGGCUCUCCAGCAGGAGCUGCGGCUGCUGAAGACCAAAGUGGACGAGCUGGAGAGCGAGAAGUCUCAGUAUGAGAGGAAGCUGAAAGCCACCAAGGCUGAAAUCUCUGAGCUUCAGCAGCUUCUGGGCUCCAAAGAUGCUGAAAUCGAAAGUCUCCAGAGCCAACUUCUGUCCAGAGGAAACAUGAGCAAUGACAGCUUAGACAGAGAGGAGGUGUACAGGAGGAAGCUGAAAGACAAAUAUCUAGAACUUCAGAGAAUGAAAAUCGGGAUGGAGUCUCUGCUAGCAGCCAAUGAUGAAAAGGAUCGUCACAUAGAGGAGCUCACAGCACUGCUGGCUCAGUACAGAAAAGCCAAGGACAUGAUGGUCCUCUCCCGAGCAGUAUGUGGUGAUCGUUUAUUGUGUGCCAGCAGUGAAGAGGACCUGAGUGGAUCUCUGAGACUACGACCGAUUACCCAUAAAGCCCACUCAGACAUCGUCCGCUCUGACCUGCAGAUGUCGACACCUCGAGGAUCCUCUCCACUUUUACUGCCUCCAGCAUGCCUGCAAAAUAACCUGGAGUCCAACUAUCGCAGUUUGGGGAUCUCCAUGGAGAAUUCUAUGAUGUACCCCAGUGACACAAGCUUUCACAACGGACAAUGGUCGACACCAAGGAUGCUCUCCAGCAGUCUGGAAGAGCUGCAGAGUGGAUCUAAACACAGGCAUGCAAUGAUGCAACCAGUAGAGCCUGUUCUAGAGACUCGGCAUGUUUCAGACGGCAGUAAGUACCGGACUCUGCCGGGAAAGUUUUACCGUCCGGAUCAGAAUGGAGACAGGGACCAGUACUCGUCUCCACUCCAGCUCUCACCUGACGAGAGUGAGGACAGCGCGGUGAACCUGAACCGGUGCAGGAGUGCCAGCGCCCCGGCGUUAGGAAAGACAGAGAAAGCCGAUGAGUCUACACUGUCAGAUCUGUCGCCGCUGUCCUCAGGCGUGGACUCAGGGCAUCAAUCACCGGUUUCUCCAGAAAACAAGAAGAACCAGAAAGGCAUUCGGAAGCUGUGGGGAAAGAUCAGAAGGACGCAGUCGGGCAGUCUUCCUGCAGACAGUGCAGAUUUAAAGAGGGGAGGUUUCAGAUCUACCGCAGGUCCUCGACUCGCCUGCAUGAGCACUGCAGACUCUGCACGACAUGCAAACAUUCCCUUCUCUAAGUGGUCAUGUGAUCAGGUGUGUGUGUGGCUGGAGGAUUAUGGGUUGGGACAGUACACCCCUAUGGCCAAACAGUGGGUCAGCAGUGGCCAGACUCUCCUCUCUGCCUCCCUGCAUGACUUGGAAAAGGAGCUCGGGAUGAAGCACCCGCUGCACAGGAAGAAGCUGCAGCUGGCCCUGCACUCCUUCAGCACCAAACUGGGGGAGAAAUCUGCAGACCUGGACUACGUCUGGGUCACGCGGUGGCUGGAUGACAUUGGUUUGCCGCAGUAUAAAGACCAGUUCCAUGAAGGUCGUGUGGAUGGGAGGAUGCUGCAGUACCUGACAGUGAAUGACCUGCUGAUCCUGAAAGUGAGCAGUCAGCUCCAUCACCUGAGUAUUAAAAGUGCUAUACAUGUGCUUCACGUCAACAAGUUCAACCCCAACUGCCUGAAGAGGAGGCCGGGGGAUGAGGUGAGCCUGAAGACGGCACACAUUCAGUCGACCCCCUCUGAAGUGAUGCAGUGGUCUAAUCACAGAGUGAUGGAGUGGUUGCGAUCAGUGGACCUAGCUGAAUACGCACCCAACCUGCGGGGCAGCGGUGUGCACGGAGGCCUCAUAAUCCUGGAGCCACGCUUUAACUCGGACACGCUGGCCAUGCUGCUGAACAUCCCUCCACAGAAGACCCUGCUGAGGAGACACCUGGCCACCAACUUCGCAUCGCUGGUGGGAGCCCAGGCUCAGCAGGAGAAGCAGGAGUACGUGGAGUCUGCAGGAUACACGCCGCUCUCCACCACAGCUAAAGUCCGGCCAAAAAAACUGGGCUUCUCCAAUUUCGGCCACCUGCGCAAGAAACGUCCAGAUGACUCCACGGACUACAUCUGCCCUCUGGAGGCAGCCCAGGCCCAGGCUCUGCUGAACGGAGCCCAGCGGCCCUACACGGGCUUCAGGGGCCUCAGCCCCAUCCUGGACCGGGACCCUGAGAAGCGGGAACAGGUGGGCCCUCCACACGGCUGAAGCUAAGCUAGCCCACCCCGUCCCCCUGAGCUUGCUGCCAGUCCCACACCAUUCCCCAAUCAGCUGAACCAACCGCCAACCCCCUCUCAUUCCGUGCCAUCACAUAUUACCCAGCAUCCCUCACUCGCUGCCAUGUGACCUGUUACUGAGAGACAGAUAAACAGGGAUGUCUACACACAGCGCUGAACUUUGACCUGUGGAUUUGGGACUGGUUGUGCCAAUGGUCAUAGUAAUAUUUUAUUAUGUGACGUGUAAAAUUGAUUUUAUAUUAGAUAAACUAACACUUUUCCAUUUUUACACUUUAUUAUCACUGUCAUGCUGUUCUGUCUGAAAGCAGAGGGGUUUAAAUCAACUCGUGCAACAUUUGCACACUUUAGGGUUUAAUUUAAUAUUUAUAGUGGUGGAUUUUAGCAUGCGUACAGAUGAUUUUUAACACGUUUGGUAACAGUGUAUAUUUGUAAUAGAUGUUUCAUAUAUUCAUAUAUAAUAUUUUUAUAAAUAGAUGGAUGUGCCGCUUAAUGUAAAUAUAUAAAAGCGAAAAGCCACAGGAUACAAUGAUCAAUAAAUCUCCUCCAUCACUGUGA